AUGGGGACCACAGGUCAUCUAGGUCACGUGAUUAUUGUACUGCUAGUGACACCAGCUUUGGCGGCCCAGGAUGGCGCAGAGCCUCGCUUCUUCACCAAGGAAGAACUACUGUCCGAGUUUCGGGAGGGAUGGGAAGCGGCGGGACGUCUGGUAGGGUUCGACACCUCCCAGGGUCUAGGCGCCCUGGUCAGCUCUUCCUGGGCCCCCGCGGCCACUGAGAAGCACGAUGUCCAUCCAGACGCUGCAGCAGCACAUCCGUCAAUCUUCCACGGAUUCUUUCGCCUACUAGGUUUUGACUCAACCCGCCUAAAUGCAAUUGCAGUCAACGCCGUCGUUUUCAUCGCUAAAAUGAUAGGAUCUUCACUGAUCAGGAACUGGACGAGCGGUGCUGGAGGUGGAAAUGUUGGGGGCAGAGCCCUAGGGGACGAGGAUGUAGAGGAGUCGUUGUCCUGGGUCAUAGACAGUGUGAAAGACAAGGCUCGAGGUAUUCUAUCGAGGGCGCAGUCCGAGGACCUGGGUGAUCAGCUGAUCUCCGCCCUCCAGGACAUCCCGGGGGAGACAGACUGUGUGCAGCUUCUGGUGUGUAGGGCUUCGCCCCUCCUGAACACCAUGCGUCGCUCCCUCCGGGCACUGCUGGACGGAGAGUCUGUCCCCGCGGGUCUGUCACCGCUACAGAAGAUGUUGUACUACCUACCUACCAGGCAUCAGCUGACAGAGGCGGCUGUCACGUGCCGCCGGAGACUACCCAGUUGCAGUCAGCUGUUCGAGUGA